AUGGCGAUGGAUCCCACGCCAGGAAUGGCACUGUUGGGCACAGGAACUAGGUGGAGCAAAAUUGAGGCUAGCCAGAAACGGCAUAUCGCCUUUCACUGGUAUUAUCUUACUGGAUGCCAGCAGGCUGGCCUGGCCCCGAAUAUAUGUUUCUGCUUUUUGAUAGCCUUUGAGUAUGUUGGUGAGGUGAUGUUAUGUGUGCCAGUACCAGGAUCGGCGGAACAUGGAGCUAUCUCUGAUGUUGGUGGAGGAGAAUGGGGUAUUUCAGACGACUGUUUCUCUGGGCGAGUCUCGAUACCACUACCCAGCAGGCCAACCUCGGUAUUUUUCGUUUCGCGGGCCAGACAAAGUCAAGAGAGAUCACAGGGCCUUAAUGAUGAUGGCUCAGUCACUAUCUAUGAAAGGGAGUUCUUGAUCAAAGCGAACCUCCUAUGCAUUGAAAGCGCCUAUUAUCCGGGCUCACUGGCCCCCGAGACCACGGAAAUAGUCGAUGAUAGCAUUCUCGAUCUACCUAUUCAUAUGGCGCAAACGAUCAAAAAAGAGCCAAUAAAGUUCCGCGAGGGUACGAUAGGAGGCCGCCGCCAGUCUAAAAGAAGUUUUUGGGAAGAGAUAUACUUGAUCUACAUGAAAAAGGCCGUCACUUCUGGCUCAACAAAAAUUAGUCAAACAGUUAACACCGACCACUACGGACACACUUGCAUGGUGUUAUCUCUAUACAGCGCUAUGCAUUGUGUAGCAUGGAAUUACCAUUUCCCCACUGUCAUUGAGAUGCUACUCUGGCGUGGUGUCUGCUUGUCAUUGAUUUGCGUGCCGUUCAUACCAGCACUUUUCAAAUACUUCUUCAAACUCCCGUACAUCAACAAAGUGGAGCAAAAGACGGUGGAUAGAUUGACUCAUUUCAUCAAUAACCUAACUAGUGUCUAUAUCUUCUUAUGUAGACUCUAUAUAAUGGUAGAGCCGUUUGUCAGUUUGAGACUCCUUCCGGCAGAUGCGUACCGAACUGUCGCGUGGGAAAACAUCUGGCCUCAUCUGUAG